UGCCCAGAGGGAGCUGCGUUGCAUGUUGGGGGGUGAGCCCAAUCACAGGGCAGUCUUUGACAGAUCAAUUGAUGUUUCUAUGGUAACAUGGUCGGUGUCGUUGUGAAUGUCUUGACAGGUGUGUGACUGUUGAAAUUCACAGUAUGUACGCAAAAGGAAAAGGUUCAACAGUACCCUCCGAUGCUCAAGCACGAGAAAAGUUAGCGUUAUAUGUGUACGAAUACCUGCUACACGUCGGAGCACAAAAGGCUGCACAAACAUUCCUGUCUGAGAUCCGGUGGGAGAAAAAUAUCACCCUAGGGGAGCCUCCAGGCUUUUUACACUCUUGGUGGUGUGUGUUUUGGGACCUGUACAGCGCCGCUCCCGAGAGGAGAGACACCUGCGAGCAUUCGAGUGAAGCCAAGGCCUUUCAUGACUAUGGCUUCGUCAAUUCUGGUUACGCAGUCAAUGGCAUCGCACAUAACCCAUCUGCUCCCAGCCCCCUGGGCCAAAUGCCCCCGAACGAGGGCAUGCCUGGGGGACCCAUGCCUCCUGGCGGUUUCUUCCCCAACUCCCACUUGAGGCCCUCACCGCCACAGCAGCCCGCGUCGUCCCCCCACCCCCAGCCCCCUCCCCCACACAGUCAGAUGAUGCAGAAUCAGCCCUUCAUGUCCCCAAGGUAUCCAGGAGGACCCCGGCCUGGUGUAAGGAUGCCACAGCAGGUUGACUUCAAUGCACCUGGAGGUGUCCCGGGGCAGCCCAUGAUGCACAACAGUAUGGACCCCACACGACAAGGGGACGGAGGAGAGUUUGUGGGAUGGCAAGGUUGCGCAGGUCCCCCCACGAUGAACCCCAUGAACCCGAGAAUGAACCCUCCCCGUGGCCAACCCUUGGGUCCCAUGAACCCAGGAAGUUAUGGAGGCAUGAGGCCGCCGCCAAACAGUACAAUGGGGCCUGGAGGCCCUAAUAUGCCCCCCAUGUCCAUGCCUGGGCCCGGAGGACGACCGUGGCAGCCCAAUGCGUCAACGAUGAACUACUCGUCUGCAUCACCCGGAAGCCAUUACGGAGGUCCUCCCGUGUCAGGUGCAGGACCUCCGGGGGGUCCAGGCACACCCAUCAUGCCCAGUCCACAAGGUACCCCCGGCCCUUUCUCCCCUGCCAGCCACCGAAUGAAUGCCCCCAACACACGACGAGGUGAUUCCCCACACUCCGUCCCUCCCAAUUCAUCCAACUCUGGUGGGGACGGAAUGUACACAAUGAUGAAGCCAGUUCCCGGAGGAGGCAUGCCCGGGUUUCAGAUGGGACCUGGAGGACCUGAAGGCCCCAUGGGGAGCAUGGGACCUGACAUGGGGCCACCCGUCAUGAAUGGUAGGUCUUCUGGAGGUGAAGGUUUGGAUGGGAUGAAGAACUCACCAGCCAACGGCCCCGGCACGCCCCGGGAAGAUGGGCCCGCGAUGGGCGACUACGGCAUUCCGGGUUAUGGACAGGAAAAUGAUCAGACAGAGUCGGCGGCAAUACUCAAGAUCAAAGAGAGCAUGCAGGAAGAAGCCAAACGGUUUGAGAAGGAUACUCCCGCCGAGCCACCGGACUACUUCAUGCAAUAACUGGGGGUGUGUGUGUGUGCCGACUUGUACAUGCUGUCCAUAUUAACGGGGUGGUGCUCACGUCGAACUUUGACCUGUGUUCAUAUCACGUGACUACACCGUGGGGGCAUCCAUGUUGAGGUUUGUGCAGUGUAGUUCUUGUUCACCGGCAGUUAUACACAUUAUAUAUAUAUAUAUAUAAUAUACAGACACACAGAAACAUAUGAUGUAUAUAUAUGCACGUCGCUCUGUGCAUAUACAUAUUGUGUGUGUGUGUUGGGAUUUGAUUAUGUCAUCGAAAAACCUAUCAAUGUAUGGGGACCAGGGGGAAAGUUUUUGUUGUAGCAUGUUUGUGCAUGCUGGCUGAUAUUAAUACGUCCACGACGGGGGAAACUAGAGGCUGGCGAAGAAAGCCAGCACACCUCUGUGUGGUCACCUUGGUUAAAAAAAAAACAGCAUCUGUGGAAGGACUCUUGUUGCAGGUGUUGUAAAUACAUCUCGUUCCGUAGACAACAGUAUUUAUUGCACACAGAGCACGAACGCGGAGAAAUGUACAUAUGUGUUGCAACCCCUUCCAGAGUGCGGGGAAGUGUGUUUUCGUGCAUUUCACAUGUCUUAAUUUAAGCCUCUCUUUUUUUUUUCCUUUUUUUUUUUAACCGUUGGCGGACAGCCGUACAAUUGGUGCCAUUGGAUGCACAGCUGUCUUCCGGGAAAGGGGGGACACAUUGUGGAGGGAGGUGUUCCCCCCUGUUGUAUCUAAUUCAUUAUGUAACAUAGGCCAUUUGAAUGCAAAAAGGGGACAAACUUUUGUACAUAGCUCUCUUCAGAUACACGUGAGAACGUCCUUACUUCAUGGCGGCAUUUUUUGCUGCCUCCACUGGUGUCUGGCGAGUGUUUGUUUUCUGUACUGGAUGCAUAGACAAACAUUUCAAUUAAACAGAAGCCAUUUCUCAACAGGAAAA